CGCAGCGCUGCCCACCGAGAGGCUGAAGGCCGUGGCCCAGCAGAGCUGCGCAGCAGGCCCGGUAGGCAAGCGGCGGCUUCGCCAUGAACCCCAGGGGCCUCUUCCAGGACUUCAACCCCAGCAAGUUCCUCAUCUACGCCUGCCUGCUGCUCUUCUCGGUGCUGCUGCCCCUCCGCCUGGACGGUGUCAUCCAGUGGAGCUACUGGGCCGUCUUCGCCCCUAUAUGGCUGUGGAAGCUCCUUGUCAUCGCAGGCGCCUCGGUGGGUGCGGGCGUUUGGGCCCGAAACCCUCGCUACCGCACCGAAGGGGAGACCUGCGUGGAGUUCAAAGCCAUGUUGAUCGCCGUGGGCAUCCACCUGCUGCUGCUCAUGUUCGAAGUCCUGGUCUGCGAUAGGGUGGAGAGGGGGACCCACUUCUGGCUGCUGGUCUUCAUGCCACUGUUCUUCGUGUCCCCCGUGUCCGUGGCUGCCUGCGUGUGGGGCUUUCGACAUGACAGGUCCCUGGAGCUGGAGAUCCUGUGCUCUGUCAACAUCCUGCAGUUCAUCUUCAUCGCCCUGAGGCUGGACAGGAUUAUCCACUGGCCUUGGCUGGUGGUGUUCGUGCCCCUCUGGAUCCUCAUGUCAUUCCUCUGCCUGGUUGUUCUCUAUUACAUCGUCUGGUCCCUCCUGUUCCUUCGGUCCCUGGAUGUGGUUGCCGAGCAGCGAAGAACACACGUGACCAUGGCCAUCAGUUGGAUAACGAUUGUGGUGCCCCUGCUCACUUUUGAGGUUCUGCUCGUUCACAGAUUGGAUGGCCACAAUACAUUCUCUUACAUCUCCAUAUUUGUCCCCCUUUGGCUUUCAUUAAUAACUUUAAUGGCCACUACAUUUAGGAGAAAAGGGGGCAACCAUUGGUGGUUUGGUAUUCGCAGAGAUUUCUGUCAGUUUCUGCUUGAAAUUUUCCCAUUUUUAAGAGAAUAUGGGAACAUUUCAUAUGAUCUACAUCAUGAAGACAGUGAAGAUGCUGAAGAAACAUCAGUUCCAGAUGCUCCUAAAAUUGCUCCGAUUUUUGGGAAGAAGACCAGGGUAGUUAUAACACAGAGCCCUGGAAAAUAUGUUCCCCCACCUCCCAAGUUAAAUAUUGAUAUGCCAGAUUAAACUCAUCUUUGGAAGUGUCAAUAAGUAGAAACUAUACACACACACCCAAAAUCCACCUUACUUUACCUCUUUUUCAUCUAUCCCAGCCCUAGAACUGAAAACAAGCUCCAAACGCCUCAUCUCAUGCCUUGAUUGAGAUUGACGCCUCUCAGUGAUUCAUCGGGGAGCCCAUGGACAUCAGGGUUAUUUGAAUACGUGGAAGUGUGUGUGGUGUGUGACGCAUGAGAAACCAGCUUUCCAGGUUGCUGCUUAAAGAGCCAGCUGGGAGCAGCAAGUUGAAUUGUUUUAGUAGGUCUUCAAAUGGAAUAAUUAUACAGCUAGGUUUUGUUUUUUUUUUUUAAGUGGUACUACACUUAUCAAAAGUAUUGUUAUAAAAAGUAUUUUUAUAUACUGCUAGCCUAAAAUUGUAUUUCAGAUUCUGCCUGUUGUGACAUAAUUGAAAGCAAAUGUAAAGAAUUCGCUCUCUUAUUACUAGUUUGUAAGCCUCCUAGUUGUUAUUUUUAGUGUUCCUACUGUUAAAAUAGUUUUUCUUUGGGCUUUACUGAUACUAGUCUUUGAUUGCCUAAUAAGUGAAUUUUUGUAAUGCGGUGAAUCCAUGCGUAUAUGGUAUUUAUAUGAAUAUUUUAGCAAUGUAAUAUGUUGAAUUCUAAUUCUAAGCAGUACAGUGUGUUAUGUUAAGGUAUUUUU